AUGCAUGACUUCUUUGGAAGCAGCAUUCCUGAUUUUGCUAUUCUGAGCCACACCUGGGGAACGGAAGAGAUAACAUACCAGCAAUGGAUGGCCAGGGAUGAUAGUGAAGGGUCACUAGCAUGCAAAAGCGGUUAUCAGAAGAUUAUAAGGGCAUCCCAACAGGCCCGCGAGGAUGGAUUGGAUUGGAUAUGGAUCGAUACCAAUUGCAUCGACAAAACCAGCUCUGCGGAACUGACUGAAGCCAUCAACUCCAUGUUCAAGUGGUAUAAUGACUCAAAAGUUUGCUAUGCCUACUUGGCGGACGUUGCAAUCGCUGAUCUUUCUGCUCGGGAUAGCACUUUCCGUCGUAGCCUGUGGUUCACUCGUGGCUGGACGCUCCAGGAGCUUCUAGCUCCAAAAUAUCUGGUGUUCUAUACUCGGGAAUGGGUUCCUAUAGGAGAACGCUCGCACCCGCGCCUGCUACUCUCAAUCUCCAAAGCAACCGCAAUUGAGCCAAUGUACUUAACGGGGCAUAGGAGUGUAACCAUGGCUAGUGUUGCGAAAAGGAUGUCUUGGUUAUCAAAGAGGCGGACGACCCGAGACGAGGAUAUUGCCUAUUGCAUGUUGGGGAUUUUUGGGGUCAACAUGCCUCUACUCUACGGAGAAGGUAGCAAGGCAUUCCUGCGUCUCCAGGAGGAGAUCAUCAAAGUUUCGCAUGACCAUUCGUUAUUUUGCUGGACGUUCACGGCGGAGGUACCUCUGGACUGGGUGAGCAUCCUAGCCCCUACCCCAGGAGCCUUCGAGAGGUCUGCAAAUUAUGUCCCCAAGGAACUGCGUCAAGCGUUGACCCCAUACACGAUAACGAACCUGGGGCUAUCAAUCCAACUUCCCAUCGUCCAUACCCUCACCAGCUCAUUCGUAAUUUUGAAUGCUGGGCUGAGUCAGCAGGACAUGAGCGAGCGAGCUGGUCUAGCAGUGCGACAAGACCAAUAUUCUUCACGUGCCAUUCGAACCACGCCGAUUCUUAGACGCCACUGGUUUCCCAAUGAACCACUGAAUAUACAUUGGUCUAACCCGCAGCUCAUGCAUCGCCAUGAGUUCUUCGUCAACUCCAGACCUGGCAUCCUCAUAUCCAAUCCAUACGCACAACCUAUGCUGGAAGAUCUCAGCGUUCUUGUUUUGAUGCAGACCACUGAUCCCAGACUCUUCAAAGGAGCGGAACCAAUCGGUCUCAGUCCAGAAGGAUACUCCAGCUACAACGUUGCGUGCAUGGAGACACCAACCAUUGAAACAUACCCUCCAGGUAUGUUUGACUUUCAGCGAAGUCUCUUGUAUCUGCCGGCAAUCAAUGAAGGGGAAGACUCUACUGCUGCUUGCUUGUUAGUCUUGCGCCACGAAAGCGAACCGUCUAGUGGCUACUUUCUUUACUUUGCAGCCAGAACGUCUGCGAGGGGCGAAAAGACGUGGUCCUGCGAUGUAGUCCCACGUGCCAGUCUAUCAAGGCGAAAACGGUCUGGUCGCUGGCCGGUCGGUGAAAUCUUGGCAGAUUUCAUCAAAAAGACUGUAAAGGGUUCCGCAAAGGAUCCUUUAAGGUUGACCAUAGGGCCCUUUCUUACGGCAAGUCGAUCUCACACCACGAGAGCAGUCCUCUUACACGGAUCUCAGCAGGGAAAACUCUGGGUUGCACGGCGCGCGGUGGAAGAAGAUAAUAGCGACGUGGACUCUAACUGCGCCAAUGCCGGCCAUUAG